AUCCUUGACACGCAGCCUCGAACAGGUGUAUCGUACACGUGCGGUCGAAGGACACCGAAAGCAGCGUCAUCUACCGACGGUUUCUUGCAAAAUGGCCGCGUCUGUCAAACGCAAGUUCCAUUGACGGAAGCGAACGUUACGGGAUACAUUUGCACGAAUACGCGCGAAACAAGAAUGUAACUAGUUGUCUACAGGUCCACAGAGGCUAAUCCAAUGUUGGUAAACACAAGAAUGCCGUUACGACAAAAGUAGAAGCACCCGAGACUAUCCUUAAUGCAACUAUGGAAAAGAGAGGCAGUGCGGAACUUCUUAGUGUGGAGCAGAACAAUUCUAAGAAUGCCAGCUCAGAUUCGCUCAACUCGGACAGCAAAAGCAGUUCGCUCAACUCAAAAAUGGGUCAGGAAUCGGAGAGCUGGGAGAAAGCGUCACAUUCCAAAAGUUUUUCUUCAACUUCUACUUCAACAGAUAAUAACAUAGUCUCUACUUUGGAGGCUAAAAGAGAUAACCAAGUAAAAAAUUUGUCUGGAGGGGACACGGGACCACCACUCUUGAACGGAGAACGAGUGCAAGGCAUCGCGCACGAAGUUACCUACUUGUGUCCUUACUCGGGUCCCGCCAGAGGAAUCCUUAGUGUCACAAAUUACAAACUCCAUUUCCGUAGUAUAGAUCGAGAAACGCCUUAUGUGGUUGAAGUGCCGUUGGGUGUCGUUAGCCGAAUCGAAAAGGUCGGCGGUGCGUCUAGUAGGGGAGAGAACUCUUACGGAAUCGAGGUGUUUUGUAAAGAUAUGAGGAAUCUCAGAUUUGCUCACAAGCAGGAGAAUCAUUCCAGACGAGACGUUUUUGAGAAGCUGCAACAGUAUUCCUUUCCACUGUCACAUAAGUUACCUCUAUUUGCCUUCGAAUAUUCCGAGACUUUCUCCGAAAAUGGUUGGAACGUUUACGAGCCUAUCGCAGAGCUGAAAAGAAUGGGUGUAAAUAAUGACAUGUGGAAAAUAUCGAAAAUCAACGACACGUAUUCGCUCUGCGACAGUUAUCCGGCAGUCUGGGCUGUACCUGCCGCAGCGACUGACGAGGAUCUUCAAGCAUCCGCGGGAUUUAGGAGUAGAGGUAGACUUCCGGUGCUCUCUUGGAUUCAUCCGGAGAGUCAAGCGACGAUAACUCGCUGCGCUCAGCCACUAGUGGGUGUCGGGGGUAAGCGAAGUCGCGAAGACGAAAGGUACGUCCAGCUCAUAAUGGACGCAAACGCGCAGAGUCACAAGCUUUUUAUCAUGGAUGCUCGGCCGAUGCCAAAUGCCAUAGCGAACAAAGCGAAAGGUGGCGGAUACGAGAGCGAAGAUGCUUAUCAGAACGCGGAGUUGGUUUUUCUCGAUAUUCACAAUAUCCACGUCAUGAGGGAGAGUCUUAGGAAAUUAAAGGAAUUAUGUUUCCCUACAAUCGACGAGGCUCGAUGGUUAUCGGGAAUAGAAUCGACAAUGUGGCUUAAACAUAUCAAAUGUGUUCUCGCUGGAGCUGUGAGAAUCGUGGACAAAGUGGAGAAUCAUAAGACCUCCGUUUUAGUUCACUGCUCCGACGGCUGGGACCGAACGGCGCAGCUCACAGCCCUCGCAAUGCUAAUGUUAGACCCGUACUAUAGAACGGUCAAGGGAUUCGAGGUUCUGAUAGAAAAAGAAUGGCUCAGUUUUGGACACAAGUUUCAACAGAGGAUAGGCCAUGGAGAUGAACAUCACAGCGAUGCGGACAGAUCGCCGGUGUUUUUACAAUUUAUCGACUGCGUUUGGCAGAUAACCCGGCAAUUCCCUAACGCUUUCGAGUUCAACGAACACUUCCUAAUCACCAUUCUUGAUCAUCUCUACUCUUGCAGAUUUGGCACGUUUUUGUUCAGCAGUGAACGCGAGAGAAUGCAAGAGCAAGUGAAACAGAGAACGGUCUCUCUAUGGUCGUAUACCAACAGUCAACUACCUCUUUACCUGAAUCCUCUGUAUCGAUCAGGUCCAAAUUAUCAGCUUGUCCUAAUGCCAAUCGCCAGUAUGCGUUACAUCAAACCAUGGAAGAGCCUUUACUGCAGAUGGAAUCCUAGCAUGCGGCAGCAGGACCCCGUCUAUCAAAGAACGAGGGAGCUUCUAGUCUUGAAAGAGCAACUCGAGAAACAAUUGGAAGAGGGUCGGCGCGAACAAGCUUUGCGAGCGAAUCGAUCUUUAACUUCGCCGGCGCCACCGAGGAUACAUUCCCCGGUUCACUCAUAGCGCCGAAGGACGCCAGACCAUCUGACGACGAUUUGUAGUUUUGUAAAUGAGCUGUAAACUUGACCCACUCCUUCGAGCCAGUACAAGAUGUUUGAUCGACUGAAAUCCGCAUGUGGAUGCUUAUGUACAAUACGCGCAUUCGAUAAAUUCAUGCGCAAAUUCA